AUGCUCACGCGUAGCGGCCUACUUCGGGCCGCGACAACGAGCACGAAACCCACCACCAAGGACAUUGCGAAGCGACCCGCCACUGCAUCUUCCGUGCCGGCUGUCUCGCCAGCUGUAGUUCGCUCCCUCUACCGCAGUCUCUACCGCGAAGUCAGCCGCCUUGACAAGGAGCCGGUGCUGAAGGUACUGUUCCCAUGCAACAACGAGCUGCAAGCAGUGCUUGGCGUCUCUGGCCCACUGCACGUCCCGGACUGCCAGCGGUACACGGAUGUGCUGCGCAACGUCUUCAGAGAUGCAACGCGCGUCCCGAAGAUUAACUUGGCCUUCGACACCCUAAAUCGGCUGCGUGCUCACUACGAUAAUGUCAAAGGCAAACUGCCGAUGAUGGACAAGGACCGCACACGCCUGCUCACAUCUCUGCGAAGCUCCGCUGUGGCAGAGCGGAGAAAGGGCUUCUUUCGCGCGCAGCCUAUCAGGCCAACCCCAGGAGCAGGCCCCAGGUACGUUCAGGCUGCUCCAGGCGUGCCGACCCGCGUGGUGCUGCGUGAGGCCCGUCACACCCUUGACCUUAGUGAGGGUACGCUGCUGCUGGCUCACCCGCUCUCCUCGGCUCACGUAGACCGGCGCGUGAUGCUGAUCACGGAGUGUACCCCCAUCCUGACGAGCGCACUUGUCCUGGACCUGCAGUUCACAUACCCGCUGUCUCGCGGCAACUCUAUGUUCCCGGAGGUGUUCUGGGGCCAUGACGUAUACGAUGGUGGCUUCAGCCAAAUCGGCUUCACAAUGCCGCCGACGGCUCAGAUUGCGGUGCUGCACACACUGGAGUCGCGUGAUACCGUCGCAGGCCGCAGCGAGCCGCCCUUGGGUGAAUCCUCAGUGAUGAGCUGGCUGAAGUGGAAGGGCCCGCCAAGCACCAGCGGCGUCGGCGUCAGUCAUGCAGCAUCCACGUCAGCGCGAAGCUGCUCCCCUGAAGCUGUCAAAAAACACGGGUUGUUUUGCCACCCACUCAUCCGUGGCGGGGUGCUGGACGACGGCGCUCGUGAGCCCACGCUCUACCUCUCCAAAGCCGAGGCCCUACCAUACCUCGCGGAGCUCGUCGAGGGGCAGCCGCGGUCCUCGCUGCGCGUUUACUGGGGGAACAUGCGCUGGACGACUAGCCAGCUCGAGGCAGAGGUGGCGAACGGGCAUUGGAUGGCGGUGAAGACAUCGCCAAGCUUCUUCCGCGCUUACGCUCUGUCCGCCACGAGCGACGAUGCUGCCGAGCGCUUCCCAACAGCGGCGCAGCUCGCAGAGGCGAAGCAUCUGCGGGAGAAGCGCUAUGGGGCAGAUAUCACCCCUCCACAAGUAUUCCCACCAGACCAGAUCAUGCGCCGUCGCGAGUGUCUUUGGGACCAGAUUAUGUUCGCCUUGGGCGGGGAGUACGCAGCACUCGUGGGGUGCUCCAACCCGUUCUCCGACAGUCCACGGUGGUCGUCGCUGCAAAUUUUGGCACCGCAUAUGUCACCGCUUCCCCUCUCCACUGAGGCGGCCGAAACGGCGGCAGCGGCAGAAGCGGGCGUCGCUGCCGCUGCCGAUGAGGCGAUGGCCAGCGAAGUUGUUCUCGACGAGGACGCAGACGAUGGCGACGACCACGACGGCGAGGAUGAGCCUGACGAGACCGUCUUCGUGCCCGGUAGUCCGAAUAUUCUGGAGCGCAAAACGGCUGAUGCAGAGCAUCAGCGAGAGGGCGACAGGGAUGAGGCACCCUCAGCACAUCUGCCGGCUAAGAAGAGCAACGGCAACCACAAGGACGGCGACGACAGCGCCUCGUAA